CGAUAAACCCCCCACCCAUUCUAGUAUUGUAAAUGAGAGUUUAUUGCAGCGUCCCCCCUCGUGGUUUCCUAUAUGUUCAUCGGUGCCCCCUCUACUUUAAAAACUUACUCCAUUCCCCCUUCAUUUUAAAAAACCCUACAUCAAUGCCCCUUUAGCCGGCACAGUUAACCGAACUAAACUCUGUUGAUAUUUCACAGCCUCCACCCAAAUCUGUCUGAACUCUUGAUGCGCCGUUUCCUCCACAAAGAUGAAUGAUAUUGUGUGUAAUAUUGAUAUGGGGGGUGUUGAGAUUCAAGACUUUGGUCUUCUUAAUGAAGACAAUGAUGGUGAUGGGAACGAAACAGAGGUUGAAGAAGUUGGUGACAAUAAUGAAGAGAAUACAUAUGAUGUUCGUUUUGAUCAAGUUCUUGAAGCGGAGGAGGGACUUGCAGAUGUCCCUGAAUUUUUCUUUGAAGAUGUUGAGGGUUCUGAUGAGGAAGAUAUUCUUGUUGAGGUUGACACUUACAAUCAAGUGUAUGCUAAUAUCAUUCACCCUGUUCCUGGUCCACAUGACUUUGUGAGAACCCCUUAUGUACAACUUCUCCCUCCUACUGUGAAGAGGGCACCUGGUAGGCCAAAAACGAAGAGGAGAAAGACACCUGAAGAACAUGAAGAUGAAAAGAAGUCUACUAGGAGAGGACUAACACUGCAUUGCUCAAUUUGCGGGGAUGGUGGACAUAAUAAAAGGAGUUGUAAAGCCACAAGAAAUGCACCAAAACAAAGCAACCAAGCACAACCAGGACAAGGAAGCAAUCAGCACAACCAGUUUACAGUUGCAUCUAGCCCGCCAACACAGGAAUCACAAAUUUCUAGACUUACCAACCAGGUGCAGACAUCAGUUGUAACAUCAGUUGUAUAUCCUUCACAUACAUCUAUGAAAUGCAUGCAUAUUUUGCAACUUGUGAGUAAACCACCCAAAACUACCAAAAGAGUUGCACCACUAAAUGCUAAAAAAGGCACUGCAUCAACUAGCAGAGGUAGGAUUCACAACAGUUCCAGGAGCAAUGCAUUGACUACUUGGCUCCCUAGUACACAUCCAGGCUGAGAGCAUCCAUCAACAAAUCCAAGAGCUUCAACUUCAACAACUCUAGACUCAAAGUGAAUAUAAAUCAGAAUGUUGAAUUUGUAGCUUUAAACUUUGUUUUGCUAGUAUUUUUUAAGUAUCUUGAUACUGUGUGUUUUGGGAGGUUUUAAAGUAGCUUUUUGUGGUCCAUU